UGACCACGCCCCAACACACACACCCACCUCUGCCGCGCUCGGGCCUGACGCAUGCGCACGACUCUCCGCGGCCCAUGCUCCUUCCUGACUUUCGUUGUGCGUCCCCUCCCCGUGUGCCCCAACGGCGGGGCAGUUUUCACUUCCGCUUCCGGCUGCAGCUGCCUGGCUUGGUCUGACUGGCCCAAGGAGCGAGGGUGAGGGCGUGAGCCUCUGUCGAGCCGUGUGUAUGGGGCUGGCUGCUUGAGGGCUGAAAGAGACCGGGGGCCCUUCUCCAUCUUCCCUCCUCCUCAUGUUUGCUGCCUUCCUCCAGAACCCACCAUGUCGGAUUUGAUCAUCAACCUGGACUUGGGCCUCCAGCAGGCUCCCAAGAGGGGAACCGACAGCAACCAGAAACACCAGCGCUUUGUGAAACGGCGCCGUUUCCUGGAGAGGAGGGGUUUUCUGAAGCAGAAGCAGCUGCCGCCACCCCAGCAUCACCCCCCCAAAGGCCAGGUCUCCCAUCAGGACUCCCGCUCCUGGGCGAGGACCAAGAAGAAGUGGCUCGCCGAGGAUCAGAACUCUUUCCAGACAGAUGGGCUUUCCCAUCAGCCAAAACCCUUCCCCAAGGCAAAUAACCAUUGUCGCUUUGACCAGCCCAGCGCCACCACGGACUCUGGCUCCCCUCUGCCUUGUUUUCCAUCAGGAGCGAAGAAGGUGACGUGCAGAUCAGCAAAGGCCAGUGGGACCCCUGGGAACCACAGCGCCCAGCCCCUCGCUGGCGUGCAGAAAGCCAGCCUGCUGAGCGAGUAUGACAGCGGCCUGCCCCCAGUGCCCCGGCCGGGCAAGCCCAGCAAAGUGGUGGCCAUCGACUGCGAGAUGGUGGGCACGGGCCCUGGCGGCCGGAUCAGCGACCUGGCCAGGUGCAGCAUCGUGAGUUACCAUGGCGACGUGGUGUAUGACAAGUACGUCCGGCCCGUCGACCCCAUCACUGACUACCGCACCCGGUGGAGCGGCAUCAGAAAACAUCACAUGAAGAACGCCACCCCGUUCAAAACGGCCCAGAAAGAGAUCCUGAAGCUCCUAGCGGGGAAGAUCGUGGUCGGCCACGCCAUCCACAACGACUUCAAGGCGCUGAAGUAUUUCCACCCGAAAUCAGUGACCAGGGACACGUCAAAAAUCCCGCUGCUGAACCGCAAGGCCGGCUUCCCGGAGAACGAGUUGGCCUCGCUGAAACGCCUCACCAAACAGCUGCUGCACAAAGACAUCCAGGUCGGCAAAAAUGGCCACUCCUCAGUGGAAGACGCCAAAGCCACCAUGGAGCUGUACCGGGUGAUCGAAGCUGAGUGGGAGAGGCAGCUGGCGCUGAACCCCGAGCAGGAGGGGCACGGGCCAGGCAGUGAGUUCGAACCAGACCUUUAGGGGAGAAGAUCUCGGGGUCUGAAAGCGACGCUGGUAAAUAAACGUCUCCAAAGGUCCUUUCCUGGGAAGGUUUCUGUGGCAUCCCAGUGGUGUUUGGUGGCUUCCCCCCCAACACCCCUCCAUAGCUUUAUUUUGGAUCAGAAGUAAGGGAGUCUCAGAGUUCCCCCACCCUGGGGGGCAGGGGGGAUGGGUUGGCCCAGCUGUUUGCGAGCCUCGGUGCCUCUAAGGGGUCUGAUGAACAGCCCUGCAGAGCCCCAGCUGGUCGGUCAGUGGCGCUCCACUGGCACUGCACUGAUUUAUCCCAGAGAAUCCGGUCCCAAAUCCUAGACCCUGGGCAUCGGGGCCUGUGCCACCUGCCGUUGCCAGGGGAUUCUGAGAGUCAGUCCUCCGUGGCCCCCCGCUGAGGCUGGCGGUUAUGCUGGAGACGGCGGUGGCUUGUUAAUGCGGGCAGCGGGUGAGACCCACCAAACUCAUCUCACGCAGGGAGAAGGACUCUGCCGAGACGCCCAGCCUGGGCUAGGGUCAGGGCAGCAUCCAGCAGUGAGGCUCUGUACCCGUCUUCGGUCCCGCAGCGUGGGGCCACUGAAAAUCUCCAUUAGAGGUCACGGCCGCAGCUGACUCAUCUCUUUUCCCCCCCCUUUUCUUCUGCGAGGGCCGUGCCUCAGUCUGGGGGAGCCCCUCUGGGUUGACGAUUCAUCUCCCAGCACCAGGCAUGCGGGUGGCAACCCGGAGCCGCUGCCCUCGCUCCCUUGAGUCCUGAUCUUCUGACUCUAGCCAGGAGGCGCUCUGCUACGAUUCCCUCAGGCUCUGGGGCAGGGCUUGGCUGAGCGUGGAGCAUGGGCAGGAAUGUCACUGCGGGUUUUGGGACAAGACCCAGGGGGUGGCCCCGAGUUCGAGACAGCAACGGGUGGGAUCUUUGAGGUGGAGCAGCGUCCGAUCCGCAGUGCCUGGGGGCAGGCCACCAGACAGAGAGGGGCUUCUGGGUCUGUUCCAACAGGCAGGACGCGGGUAGCAGACACACAGUCUGGAUGAGCUUAAGGAAAUCAGCGGAGAUACCCGCUCCCCGAAACAACCCCCCAGGCUCCAUGGGCGAACUGUGCCAAACAGGGAACUUUUGCUAUAAGGGACGAAGGGAGGAACUUCUUCAGAGACAAGUCUGUAGGAGAGGAAGCAUGGUCUAGCGGUUACAGCAGACGGCCAGGGGGUUGGGAGGGUGAGGUUCUAAUCGCUGGGGUCAUCCUGGGUCCGAUUCGGCUCUCAUUUACAUGGGCGUAAGUCCCUUUGACUUCAGUGGAGCUACUCCUGAUUUACGUUGACGUGACCAAGAAGCAACUCGGGCCCAACGGGUGACCUCGUGCAAGUCACACUGCUGCUCUGUGCCUCAGUUUCCCCACCUGUGAGAUGGGGAGGACGAUCCUGACCUCGGCGCGGUGCUGUGAGUAGAGCUGGCAAACGGGUUCCAAACCCACCACUCUUCAUGAAUUUGACACACAAUUUCGGCCGGUCACCAGAUGGCCCGAGGUGGCGGCGGGAGUGGUGUUGCCCCGUACGAAGGGCACUCACCCGAGAGGUGGGGGAGACAGGCUCAGAUUCCCACUUCUGAAACCGGCCUGAAAUGGCCUUUUUGCCACCGAACCCCAAAAGUGAAUUAUUAUGAGUUGGGUUGUUUGAAAAUGAAAUGUGUCACUUUCGAAAUCACUCGUCAAAAAAUAAAUCCUAAAAGAU